UAUUAGUAUCCGUGUUUUGAUUUCCAAAAGUAUGACCUAUUUAUUUUUUUCCUUUAAUGUGACCCUCGGUUCGUAUCUUCUUCUUCGUUGCAGAGAUUCUUCUUCAUUCAGCACUUCUACUUCUCCCAUGGCAGCACAUGCUUCUUCUUCCCUAAUGUAACGGACAAUCUCCAACGCGACUCUUUGCCUUCACUUCUGCCCCCUCAUCCGUUCGUUUCUUCUUCGCACAUUGCACCAGCACAAGCAUCAACGCAGUUUUCCAGUCCUUCCCAACACCAAGCAAGGUUUCUUCUUCCCCAUCGACUCCAGCUUCAACACACGUCGCCGCCUUACAUCGCUGUCCUGCCGCAACUCUUCUAUUUCUUAAAUUUUCUGUCCAUAUUUCUAGAUCUAUGGUGACGAUCCAGAUCUCUUCGCAUAUUGCUGCUCUGCUUCAUUUCCAUCCGCGAAUCUAGAUCUAUAUCUAGAUCUAGAUUGGUUCUUCUUCCAGCCAUUUUUUCUUCAUAUUGGAGUCGGAAGGGGUUGCGAGAGGCGAAGGACGAGCCCAGGGUGGGGCCAUGGGCGUGGCAUGUAGGGGCUGGUCGGACAAUGACAAGGUUGCGGGUAUAAUUGCGAGUACGGGAAGGCUAUGACGGGUUUGUGGGGCAGGGAGCGUCGGUGGCCGGAGCUGGGACACGGGGGUGGCUGGAGGCUGGGUGGCAGCGGUGGCUGAGCCAGGCAUCUCACUGGUGACCUAGGAAAAGGACAGGCAUGGCCCGCAGACUGGUCGGGUUUUGUAUUGUCACUAGCGGUGUUGGCCGGAGGCGGGACGGUGGGAGUCACUGGCCGAGGGAUGGCGGCAAUCACUGUCCGGGGGCGGCGACAAUCACUGUCCGGGGGCGGCGACAGUCACUGGUUAGAGGGCGGAGGCAGUCACUGGUCGACGGGUCCGCGGCAGUCACUGGUGACGCGACAUCAGUCACUGGCGAGGCGACGUCACUGACCGGGGGCGGCAGUCACUGGCCGGUGAGUGGGCUUUCUCUUUGGCCGAUGAGCAGGCAGUCACCAUCACCGCAGUCACUUUGGUCGGUGAGCAGUGGUCACUAUGGCCGGUAGGCGGGAGUCACUAUGGCCAGCGGAGUCACUAUGGCCAGAGUCAUGAGAUAGUGACUAGCGGCGGCGGUGCCGACUUCGGCGGCGGCGGUGCAGGCCUCGGAGGCGGCACCGGUAAUGGUGGUGGUUUCGGCGGUAGCGGCGUUGCUACGGUCGACGGUCAUAGGACUACUAAUCAAAUAUAUAAAAUGAAUAUUAAAAUAAUAAAUGUAUGAUUAAAUACAAGAAAUAAUGACUUUUAGUCACAUUUUUUGAAAAAUUUAAAAUAGGUCACAAAUUUGUAUUUUUCAUUCAUUUUAGUAAUAUUGGAAUAAAAAGGCCUAUAUACAAAAUUAUAAUAAAAAGUAGUUAUUAAUCAUGAUAAUCAAC